AGUGAGCAUUUCUUGCAUGAUGACAGCAAUAUCUUCCCCGUACAUGUGUUCACCCGUUCGGUUAUAUUUCACAUCACAUUUAAACUCCCAGUGUCAAUUCGUGAAGGUUUAAGUUUCGUGAAAUGAUUGAUUAUCUACAUUUUUGUUUUCAAAAUUUAUUACUUAAUUUGUGCAUGGUAGUUUGUAGUUGUUCGUGCGUUGAAGGAUAAACUCUUGAUGUGUUUCCAAAUAAAUUCAACCUUAUUGUCACAAAACGGUCACCUCAUAAAUCACUUAAUAUUUUAUUGGAUUUUUUUUUAUGAUUUUUUUUUAUGAUGUAUGUAAAACUGCUCGAAUUCUCGUAAAUACUUAUAUAGGUAAUAUAUUAUGUGCUGAAAGGCAAUAAAAACCGCAAUAAUUAUUUAAAAUCGUUUUCAUAUACAUAUUUUAUAGAUGAAUCCUACAUAAAAGUAAAUAAAUCAAAUUAUAAUGAAAGCAUUUAGCAUUCCUUAUACAAUCUUUCCCAAAAUUUCAUUGUGUAACAUCCUUACUCUAAGUAACAAAACGAUACGUUCUUCUGCUGAAUCGUGCCAUUGCUACGCAAAUAUCAAUUGUAUGUCUAAAGCACACCUUUGCUGUCAUGUAAUUGACAGUAAAUUACGCCAUUUGAUAGCCGUUUGCCUGAGCAGGUUGUAAUACUAGUGGCGCAAGUUAAUUGCAGCUUUCAACAACGACCUUUACCGUCAGCGUUGCCAAAUAAACUCCUAGUUAUUACUUCAACGUAUUUGCCCCGUUUGCUGUGACCAUCAUCCGUAGGACUUUACUUGCUUUCGGGCUCAAUUAUGUGAAUUUUAUGAAAAUUUACGGUAUGAUCCGUAUCAUAUCGCUUUCAUAAAGCAAUGACGAAAUAUACUUAGGGUAGCGCUUUUCUGCUUUCAUCCUGCCAGCAUCCUUGGCCGUGAAUAGUCGUUAAAGGAACGCCUCUGUGAGCGCAACGACGAAAAGGUGGCAGAAGAUAAGAAAGAAGGAUAAAGUAUUUCAUUUAAUUCAUCUUGAAAUUUUUUUUUCAUUCUGUAAUUUUUUUUGUUUCGUUUUUUGAAAGCUGAGCCAGCUUAGAGUGGUUUGUGGCUGGCAUUGAAAUAUUGUGAGGCGUUGUUUAGCUUCUUUCUAGCUCACGUGAUCCAAACGUCUUUUGGAUUGUUCUGAGAAACGUCCUUGAAGUCAAGGAUCGUUUGAGGAAGGUCGAAAGCAUUGAGGAAGGAUUUUAAUUGUGUGUGUGUGUUCGUCAUUCGAAUGACAACGAAGCUUUGUGGUUUUCUCCAUCAAUGUGGAAAAUUCAUUAGCAAAGCGGACCAUAGCGCAAUUGUGCUGCCCAUAUAAAUAUAUAUAUAUAUAGUGGGCUCUCCACCUUCUCGACCAUCGAUGAGCCACGGUAUAACUCACGCCGAGGAUGAAACGAACGGCGAAGCAUCGACCUGUGGCCGUAUCCUGAUAUUUCUGUCCUGGGUGCUCGUCGUCCUUACGAUGCCGUUCAGCCUGCUCGUCUGCUUCAAGGUCGUGCAGGAAUACGAACGUGCCGUAAUAUUCCGAUUAGGUCGUCUGAUGCAAGGUGGCGCCAAAGGACCAGGUAUCUUCUUCAUACUGCCAUGCAUCGAUGCCUACGCACGUGUAGAUCUGCGAACGCGAACGUACGACGUACCACCGCAGGAGGUUUUGACGAAGGACAGCGUCACCGUGUCGGUGGAUGCUGUGGUGUACUAUCGUGUAUCAAAUGCCACUGUUUCGAUUGCGAAUGUCGAGAACGCGCAUCACUCGACCCGGCUGCUGGCACAAACCACGCUUCGAAACACGAUGGGCACACGGCAUCUGCACGAAAUCCUCAGCGAACGAAUGACAAUCUCCGGCAGUAUGCAGCUCUCGCUGGACGAAGCGACCGAAGCCUGGGGCAUCAAGGUGGAGCGCGUUGAGAUUAAGGAUGUACGCCUACCGGUUCAGCUGCAACGUGCGAUGGCUGCUGAAGCCGAGGCUGCCCGAGAGGCCCGUGCCAAGGUGAUUGCAGCCGAGGGUGAGCAGAAGGCUUCACGAGCACUGCGGGAAGCGUCGGAGGUGAUCGGAGACUCACCGGCCGCCCUGCAGCUACGCUACCUCCAGACACUGAACACCAUCUCGGCGGAGAAGAACUCAACCAUCGUGUUCCCGCUACCGAUCGAUAUACUGACGUACUUCAUGAAGUCCAAGGAAGCGUUUGUGCCGAACGCGUAAACCAGUGCCCGGUCCCAUCCCUUCUUGCCUUUGAGUAUUCUGUCACACACAGCCACUACAGUCGGCAGCAUUAUAUAGUAUUGACGCGCUUGGCUUUUGUUUUGAAUCUCAUUCAUUAAAUCAAUCACAGUUGCAGCAAACAAUGUAACAAAUAGCCUUAUUUUUUCACAAAAAGACGCUGCUGCUUUCAAUGCUGCAUCCUUCUAAUACAAUCUCCCAGGAUUAACAAAAAUAUCUUUCUCUCCGUUUUAUCAACCGUACAUGACUUACGCCCAAAAUAGUAGGAAAUCUAUCAAUGGCAAUGAUAAAUAAAUACAGAUUCAAGCGUCGGGCCAGCCAUGCCCUUGCCUUCUACUGUAGCGAGACGAAUGAGUAUUAGCCAUCAAACGGUAUGUGAAUAUAAAGAGCAGCAAUAGCUAUGCGGAUUUCGGGCGAACAUGGCGAACGGUUUUGGUAGGACGAUGAAAAACAAAGCCCCAAAACCAUAACCAAAUCGCAUAGCUGGAUGAAAUAACUGUGGAAAGCAGCAAUCGUAAUGAUUGGGAAACAAAAGUCAAACGAAAGCUCACUGCGAAGGGAAGGGAGCGAUCGAAAUGGAACAAUGAUGGUUCUUUUUUUUUGUCGUUCCUUGUGUUUCUUUGUUUCCUGUCGGCCGUUUUCGCCACGCUCUGACCCUUAACUCAAUUUCCCUCCAACUUUUGGGAUAACGGGGGAAGCGGGUUGUUUGAAAUUGUCCACCGGCACUCGCAUACCGUGCGUCCUUGGAGCCUUGUUAAAGUUUUUAAUAUAACUUUUGCAAAUUGUUUCCAUUUCCGUUUUCCGCACGCUGUCCUGGCGUUUGAGUAUGUUUGCCUUUUCCUACGAUCUUUCGACGAAUCGAACUCGGUUUCCCUGCCGGAUUCGGUAUGUUCCAGUGGCGUUGUACGGGCAUCGAUAAGGCCCCACCAUCAGUCGUCAUAGAGGACAGUGUGGAUGUGUGGGUUUGUGUGUGUGUGUGCUCAUCCUCCCGGUGGUGGAAUAUUCCGAUGCUAUCGUCCCUUCACUGCGAACCAUUCUGGCCGCACGGCCGGGGCGGAACCCUUCGGGAAGGCUAAGCUUAGGCAAGGGUCUGCUGUUUUGUUUUAACCUUUUUUUCCGUCGAGCAUGGAAAAAAGGUUCAAUCGUAAAACGAGGAAUGGGUGCAAGUUAAGUUGUUGGUAAAAUGGAUGAAUUUUUAAGCAUCCAUUUCCGGUGGGGAAAGCGCCACGUGGAACAGCGCCCUGGACAGUCGGUUCUGUAUAACUUUUUCAUCUAUCAUGCGGCGACCCAUCCGCUGUGAAGGGGAUGUUUAUGAAGAAAGACAUAAAAAGCACCAAAAAGGUAAAGGAUUUAGUCAUUGGUUUAUGUUUUUGCUUUUUUUUUGUUCCGGGUCAGUAGGACAGAUACGGUCUUGCACGGUCGAAAAGGCUUCGGGAUGAGUUUGAUGAGAGGAAGAGAAAGAGAGAGCUAAACAAAAUAGCGGUGCACUUAAGAGCACUGGACAUGCUUGUGCAGAGUUUGAGUUUGUUUUUGUUAGAACUUCAGCAUAAAUAAGUGUCUUUUUGCACAAACAGUCUGCAAACAUUUCCUUUGGGCUCUGCAAAUGAGUCAAUGAGUUCACAAAAGUGAGAAGCAGCCUAGCCCAACACACGUACACACAUACACAAUAUUCUAACAAAGUAGAUAUCAUAUCAUUCAACCAGACGCACCUGAUCAUCUAAUAUUAAGUAUUCGUGAGUGCAAUUGCCAAUGAUUGUUGACUUUUGUUGCGGCAAUCACUAACUUAGCAGCCACUGUGUCACACGUCAUGUAACAGUAUUUACAUAGCAGCACAUUUGAAUUGCACGAACAAGUUGUUGUCUUUUAAUGUGCAUCGAUUGAAGUACACCCUUGCACAGGAAAACGCGUGAUCGGUUGGGUUUGUUUUGCCAAUGAUGCCGCCUCAAUGAUUUGGCCUUGGUCACGCAUCUCUCGUGCGGUCGUAGAAUUCGGUGCAGCUUUCGGUGGAUCUCAAACCAUACGGUUUAGAUAGAUAGAAGGUAAUUCCGUUCUGUCGCUGUUUAACAAGCUUUCCCGAUGCCAAUGGCACGCCAAAAGAGAAAUGUUUAGUUCGCUAGUUCAAUCACACAGCAGCACGAUCGUUCGAGCAGUCGAUCGACAGAUGCGGUGGCUGCAUCGCAACAAACAAACAAACAAACAACAACACGGUGUCAAACUGUAUAAUGCAAAUAAUGACCAAUAAAUCAAAAAGAAACAAAACUCGUUGAAAGUGAUAUAAGCUUUAAGAGGAAGUUGUACUUGAACGGAAGCAAUGAACAAACCAGCUUAGAUAAUGCAAUCAUUGUUAAUAAUGAAUCAAUAAAGAGUGUACUGCACGUAAGGACGCAUCUGGAAACAGAGAUUAACAAAAAGAAAAGAAAAGAAAAAAGAAAAUUACACAGAACUACCAAUCAACAGAUCUCUGCUAAAAGCAGAAGGUAUACAGAUUCGUUCGUUGAAAUUGAAUUUAUUUGGUGAGAUACAAAGCACAACCCGAUACACGAUACAAUAAAUGCACAUCUAUUUCGUUACUCCAUUACAUCACAGCAGCAAACGUGUGAACCAUCCACGACGUUUGGUAUUUUUUCCGCUCUAGCAGUGUGUGCGUGUGUGUGUUACAAUAAAACAAACGGCAAGUGUGCGAAGCGAAUGUGCAAAUUUUUAUCUAUCAGUGUUGUCAUGUAUGUUACCGUAUUCAACGAACCAAAGACACAAAUUCUAUUUGACAUACUAAGACGUUUAAUUCGAGUGUAAAAGAGAGUACUACUUACAAUGAUAGUAUAACGAGCCACUUUACCACGUUAGUUAUUUGAUUAUAUUAAUGUUAACAAGUGCCACACCAGCACACAACUACACAACCACACAUAAACACGAGCAAGAGGGAGUAAAACAGUAACAACCAAACAACCAACCAACCAAUCGAAACAGUAGACCUAGAGCGAUAGAGUUUAUAAGAGAAUGUUUUGACUUAACGGAUCACUUUCAACUCGAUGUUCUAAAUAUUUCACUAUUGCUGUGUUCAAUACAGCUUCAAUAAACUCUGUCCAAAAGCUGCUCCCGCUGCCACGAACGAGCGAAUCUUACACGGGAAAAAAGUGUAUUAGACGGGGAAACGUAAAAAUCAAAAACGGAAUUUACUCUAGACUUUGUGUCCUGGGGCAGGACCGGAACGGUUGGGCAGGGCGGAUGUAGAAGCGUA